CAUAGUAUUCAUUGUUUCAUUUGACGUUGAUCUCUAACGGUUGAUUGACGCACAACAAUCCGUGUAACAUCAUUAUUUGCAACACACAUACAUAUUACUACGCACGAAUUCCUACCGAGAACAAAAAUGAAGACGUCUUUAAUAAUUGUAUCGAUCGCGCUGUUCGCGGUUUUUACUAUUCCAGAAAUAACCUGUAGCGAAAACAGAUGCGCUGAUUUCGGAGAUAGAUGUUUGGCAAACAGUGACUGUUGUUCUGACAAUUGCCGUUUUACAGGCAAUCCACACACCAGUUUUUGUUUGGAGAGUAAAAACAUAACACAACAUCCUAGAAUUGAAAAGGGAUUCUGUUUUUACAACAGUUCGCUCAACAAAAACGAAUCCAAUAAUGCAUUCGUUAUGUAUGGGAUUAACGCAGCUCACUCUUUAUUGCUACCUUACACACAAGUCGAAUUAAGUUACGGGAACAAGACCAUAGAUGUUACAAUAAAUGGCUUUGAAAAAAAGAGUAAUGAAACCCUUUUGGAGAUAUCCAGAGAAGCGGCAUUACAGUUAGGUAUUGAAAAAAAUGGGGAAUUUCCUUGUUCUAUAAAAGUAAAUGUGCCCGAACCUAAUUAUUCUUCCUUAAAAAAAAUAAUUGGGAUAACUUCAUCAUUUUUUGUAGUCGUAUUGGUCAUAAUGUAUAUUUUGUAAAAAUGUAGAUACCAACUGAAUACGAUAGAGUUUACACAUUUAUCUCGUAAAAUAAAUGUUUCUAUCAUAUUAUUGUUA